UCAAUGUUGCAGCCAGCCUGGUGUGGCAGAUCGCUACAAUCCUGGAGGGAGCCGGGUCGAGUGAGCUGCUGGGCUUCCCAAUAUAUAUACAUAUAUAUAUACAUAAAAAGAAUAUAGCAAGAAAGACACACAGACGGAUGGACGGACAUAUUAUAGGCAAGUGUUGCGAUUAACAUUUUUUUCUGUGCUUCUCUCGUCGUAUUUAUUUAUCGAUUGAUUUUAAUUAGUGUGUCACAAGCGGGAGGGAGGAGCGUCAGGAUCAAGUGUGUGUGCGCGCGUGUGUGUAGUGUAGUGCAGUGGAAGUAUAUUGAUUUGUUUGUUUGUUAUCGCCUUUUAACUAUUAAAGCUUUUUUAAAAAAAACUGCGCUCGUGAGCUAGCAAACAAAUGAAUGUGUUAGCAUAUAGCAGCUAAAUAAUAUGCUAAAUAAUACCAAAUACUCCAAAAUAGCUUCAAACCAAAUAUAACCACACAGAAUAAGACUUUUAUAUGUCAAAAAAGUCGACAUUUUGUGGUCGUUGUGCUUUAUUGACGCUAAUAACCAAAGCUAAAGGACAGCAAGCUAGCGACUGUUUUUCAUGCCUUUAGUAUUAGCAUCAUUUUUAAACAACGGGGACAUCAUUUAAGUCCAAAAAGACGUCUUAACUUUCCCUCCGACUUACUCGUCCAUCCGUCUGUGUGCCUCCAUUAAAGAAUUAAAUAGAUUCUAUGCACAUUUACGCCACACUGAUGCCGGGUUAAGUCAAUAAACAAAGUGCGCUGCCGGGCUGCUUUCAUGUGUACGCACCAAGCCGCCUUCACAAAGCCGAAGACACCCACGAAGACUCCCAGGAGGACACAUCUCGUCGUCCCGUCGUCUCCUCAUAAUCACCAUAAUUAUUAUUUGCACCCAAACAAGAAGAAGAAGGAAGAUCAUGUUUGUCCCCUUGCCGGUGCCGUUCGUGUUUCAGAGAGCUGCCCCUGACCUCAGCGCCUGGCGUCUCAAGUCCCCCCUGGCUCUUCGCUCUAACUCCGAUAUCAGGAUGUCAAGGCCAGCUGAGGUUGACAAAGUAGGGGCAGACUCACCACUGGACAGCACAGAAUCAGAACCCAAUGGAUCUGAAUCCAAUCACCAGACUCAGUCAAUGAAGGUCAAUCCAUUCUCCCUGUCGCCGAGCCUCAGCAGCAGCAAGAAUAAGAUGGAAGAGUGUGGCGAGAUGUCCCCGGCGUUGACUCCCUCUCACGGCCCGACCCCCUCCCAGACAGCCCUGCAACACACACAACUCAUGCUGACCGGCUCCCAGCUCGCAGGGCUCACGGCUCUGUUGCCGGCGCAGCAGCAGCUCUUGUUGCAGCAGGCUCAAGCGCAGCUCCUGGCCGCCGCCGUGCAGCAGUCCAGCGCAGCGCACGCCGCUCACGCGGCCCACGCCGCCGCCCAGGCCAAUCAGCAAGCUCAGGCGGCCGCCGCCGCCGCAGCCAAUCAGCAAACCCAGCAGCAGCAACAGCAGCAGCAAACGCAGCAAGCAGGACAAACAGGCCAGCAGCAGGCGCAGGGUCAGGGAAAGAGCACACAGGAACACACUGCCCAAAGCGUCCCCGCCCCACCUCCUCCGCCCCAUCUUACCCUCUCUCAGCCAAUCCAGCUCACCGCCCAGGACAUCCAGCAGUUGCUACAUCUCCAGCAGCUGGUUUUGGUGCCGGGCCACCCACUCCCGUCUCCUGCCCAGUUCCUCCUCCCGCAAGCGCAGCAGGGACAGCAAGGACUCCUGUCGACACCAAAUCUUAUUCCGCUACCUCAACAAAACCAAGGGAGUCUGCUGUCUGCUCCAACUAGAAUGGGACUGCAAGCACAGCGAGACAAGAGCAUGGAGGUGAGCGGUGGAGGAGGAGGCAUUACGACAGUGUCAUCCGUGACCCCCCACCCCGAGGAGCCGAGCGACCUGGAGGAGUUGGAGCAGUUCGCCCGCACUUUCAAACAGAGACGCAUCAAACUGGGCUUCACGCAGGGAGACGUGGGCCUGGCUAUGGGGAAACUGUACGGAAACGACUUCAGCCAGACCACCAUCUCUCGCUUCGAGGCCCUCAACUUAAGCUUUAAGAACAUGUGCAAGCUGAAGCCGCUGCUGGAGAAGUGGCUAAACGACGCAGAGACCAUGUCCAUAGACAGCACCCUGCCCAGCCCCAGCUCGCUGUCAAGCCCCUCACUGGGCUUCGAUGGUGUGCCCGGCCGCCGCAGGAAGAAGAGAACCAGCAUUGAGACGAAUGUACGCGUUGCCCUGGAGCGUGCUUUCUUGACGAACCAGAAGCCUACCUCAGAGGAGAUUCUGCUGAUCGCCGAGCAGCUCAACAUGGAGAAGGAGGUGAUCCGGGUGUGGUUCUGCAACCGCCGGCAGAAAGAGAAACGCAUCAAUCCCAACAGCGCCACCCCGCCCCUGCCCAGCCAGCCCGCCACGGCGCCGCCCCCACACAAGCCACCCUGCUACAGCCCUCACAUGAUGUCCAGUCAGCUCUCACAGGCGGUGACCAGUUUGAGUAGCACAACGGCGGCGACCACCAUGUCCCCCAUUUGCCCUCUGACCUCCAGCCUCACGUCCCUCACCUCCAGUCACCCUUCUCACAGCUCCGCACCGUCCCCGGUGACUCCUCCUCCUACUACUGCAGCUCCUCCCGCCGCUCCUGUUGGUCCUCCCCGCAGCACGGCCAGCCCCGCCACUUCCAGCCACAGCACACUCAAUCUGAACACUGGCUUGUGGCGUAUGGGUAAAAAGAACGGUGACGUGUCUAGCUACAUCACCGAUUUUGCUGCAAACUUGAGGAACACUGUGAUGGGGGUUAACACAGGGAUGAACCAAGCUCUCCUCGGUAACAAUCCCCUGGCCACUAUUCAAGCCCUAGCAGCCAGUGGUGGUCAGCUGCCUCUUUCCAGUCUUGAGGGAGGCGGUAAGAUGAUGCUGGGGGCGUCGGGCGGCCAGGCGGGGAACCUGGCGUCCUCCCUCUUCCUCAACCACCCCGCCCUCCUCCACAUGGGCCAGAACCCCGGCGCCGGACUGGUCAGCGCGGCCGUAGCCAAAGCCUCCCUCCCCUCCCCCUUUGCCCCUUCAGCCAGCAGCAUCAGCCCCUCCCUGUGCUCACCUUCCCCUUGCUCCAGCCCCGCCUCCUCCUGCUCGUCCAUCGAAAUGGCACACAGCCCCACCUCCCUGGGCGGGUCCAAGAUGGAGUGACGGUGGCCGGUGAGCAGCCAAUCAGAGAGGAGGAGGAGAAAAGGAGGAAAGAAGGAAGGAAGGAAGACUCUCGCCUUUCACACCAAAGCUAGCUCUUCCCUCUGUCUCUUGCGCUCUUCUUCCGGCAGCUCUUCACGCCAUCUAUCCUUCCCUCGCCGUCUUACGAUGCCAAAAAUCCACAGAAUGAAAGAGGGAGGGAAGGAGGGAGCGAUAGAAGAGCGGAGAAAGGGGGCGGAAAUGACGGGAAGACUGAAACCAAAAAUCUUUAUCUAGCCAAACAGUCAGCAUGGCACUCUCCAUCUCUACAACAAAAGUGACUCUUUAAGACGAGCGGAGAAGCCUAAAACCAAAAAUGACUCAACAUGGCAAAGGACAAGAAGAAUUCAACGGACGAGGACUUCUUUUUUUUGUUUUGUUUAAAAAAAAAAGCUGCGGGUCUGUCGGAAGAGGAGGAGAAGUUUAAACCAAAAAUAUAACCUAAGAAGAAGAAGAGGAGGAAAGGCGGCUACGGUGGAACACACAAUGACAAAAAAAAAAAAAAAAAAAGACAACCAUACCAAAAUCCCAAAUACCAAAAAAUACGGAGAGAAAAGCUUUAUUCAAAAAGGACAUGUAAAUAAAUACUGAAGCUAUCCAGGACCAGGACUCCACAGCUUAACAUACACAUCCUGUUUGUUAUCCUCUCAUACCUCCCUCAUGCCUCAUCAGGAUGCUUUACAUAGCCUCGCUUUAUACUAGCACUAUUUAUCAUGCAGUCUCAUUGCUUCAUCGCCAUCGUCGUCUUCAUCGUAUCACCCCAUUUUUUUUUUGCACAGGAUUUAGAGGUCACGCUUCAAAUGUACUCAAGCCUCUUUCAGGCCGAAAUGCCACAAGAUGGCCGUGCUACUCCCAGCUGUAACAGAAGAUUUAAUUGCCUUUCGGGAUAUUGCGGCAAACUUCUUUCACACAGAAGGAUAUACCCUUACACGCAGGCGUCUUCCCGCCUCUGUUACGGCUCUUAUACUACCUACAUAAGUGGAGAAAUGACGGGAGUUUAUCGCCCAAGCACAAUUUGUGGUCCAAAAAUCCAUUUUUAAAGCACUCAUGACACCAAAUAUAAUGAAAGUACUCACUUAGCAAAACACCUGAUAUACACAGAAAAACUAGCAUCAAUAAUAUUGUUGUUUUGCUUGCAGUAAUUGCCGCACCGAUAUUCAUUAAUUUUACCGCUUAUCCUCACGAGGGUUGCGGGGCGGUGCUGGAGCCUAUCCCAGCUGUCUUCAGGCAAGAGGCGGGGUAGACCCUGGACUGUUAGCCAGCCAAUCACAGGGCACAUAAAGACAAACAACCAUUCACACUCACAUCCAUACCUAUGGACAAUUUAACCUAGCAUGUUUUUGGAAUGUGGGAGGAAACCGCAGUAAAGCACAGGGAGAACAUGCAAACUCCACACAAAGAUGGCAGAGGGUGGAAUUGAACUCGGGUCUCCUAGCUGUGAGGCCUGUGCGUUAACCACUUGUCCACCGUGCAGCCCGACGGAAUGUAUCUAGCAGAAAAAUUAGGAUUUACUUCCUGUCACGUUGGUACACUUUUCCACAGUGUAACAACUUUUGAGUUUUUGACUUUGACACUGGACAACUUUCUUCUCAAUGAGGAAUAAUAUAAAAAAUGUCCGCUAACACAGCACUGACGAAUCUGACGGUGUCCAUUAUUUACACUUGCCUGAUCCAUUACAUGAUCCAUAACAACAGAAAUUCCACCACAAUACGAAAAAAAUUUAAACAAUGUGGACAUCCUGUGUGUGAUGUCACUUCCGCAUUCUGUUAAAGACUCCAGAAAGAGAGAAACCUUAACAAAAGUCAACAUUGUAGCACACGUCUAACAUAUGAAAUACGCCUUUAAAUGUCAUUUUUACAGCAAAAACAAUAAGGUGUCAUGAGUACUUUAAAAGACCAAAAAUAAAAGGACACAUUGGUGACCCCGACGUGAUCCAGUGUGGCUGUUGUAAGAACAUAAUGCUGGUCUCAAACCGGACCUGACUAGUAAUACUAAUCAAGGGUAGCCAAAAGUAAAUAUUUUGGGGGUUUUAGAGAGUUUUGGAGGCACAUCAUCAGAAAACAUCAAAUAAGACAUUUGUUUACCUCUGAUUUCCUGCUUCUUCAAUCAACUUUUUGUCUUUCUCCAUCAUCAUCAUGUCAUUAUCAUCAUCAUCAUCAUUUUCGUCACUGCCAUGUCCGACUGCCAUUAAACUCUCAAAAUGGAAACCAAAGCAUUUUUCAAGGCUUCUUCAAAAGCCUCAUCUUUAAGACAUUUGAACUUAACACACCCUGAGGUGUCAGCAGGGGGGGAGGGGCAGAGGGUGCUCGGGUUGACCAACUAAGGAAGCCGAAACGGACACCCCACCCUCACCUCCGGGGGAAAUCAGCUCCUCCUGAAAUGUCUAAAAGUUUUGCCUAUAGGAGACUGAUGCUUUACUGGAAGGCAACAGCGAGGAGGAGGAGGAGGGGGGGGGGCACACGGACGUGAGCAAAGCAGGCGUCGCAUCUUUUCUAAGAGGAUACCAAAAAUGAACCCAAACCAAAAAACAAACCAACCUGAGGAAUGACUGAAGCAAACCAAAAAUAACGAACACCAAACCAAAUGUGUCUGGAGGGAAGAG